AUGGCGACUGCAGAGAUGAGUCUGCCUGAUAAAAAACCAGAGCACGAGUCGGGAUAUUACGAAGGCAGCGACCAGGAGGGCAGCAUGGAGUGCGGGUGCCCGUCGCCCGUCAGCUCCAGGAACUCGUCACACUCGACCAAACACAAACAUCGGCAUAGUCACAAGAAGAAGGUGCCUCCAAAGAAAUUUAAAUCCGACCAGCAAGUGAAUGGCCACAUGCAUAUAGACAAAAGUGUUGAAAUUGUUGAGUAUACAGUGAAUGUGAAGGAUAAGGCAGAUGAAUUACCCCCGGUAGCUGGGCCCAGCAAGCGGAGUAGCUCCGUUGAGCUCAUUGGAAGCACGGUCCCCCCUCCAGCCAGAGAUUCCAUCGACUGGAAUCUCGUUGAGGCCAGUAAGAUAAGGAAAAGAGGAAAAGUUAAUUUGAAUAGUGCAUCCAAAGUGGACAUAUCACAUUUCGACUUGCUCAAAGUCUUAGGCACUGGAGGGCAUCAUGGGUAUAUAGGAGUGAAGAUCCGCCGCGUGGGGUCGUUGAACCCCGAAAAACUGGCGCGUAGCGGUGCCCGGUCGUUACCCGUCCUUAGAGCGCCUCGAUUUUAUUAUCACCUGAUCAUGCCUCCUCGAAAGAAACUGACUCGUGAGGAACGUCUUGAAAAGAAGCGUCUGGCAGAACGAUUGAGAUACCAACGCAUAAAAAAUAAUCCCGAAAGGUAUUCUCAACAGAAGGAAAAGUAA